AUGAUUCUAAUUACACUUAUAUAUAUAGUAUUUAUUAUUAAAUUAUUUUAUUGUCAGGAGAUAAAUAAUGAUACACUUUUAUAUUCUCCAUCAAGAAAACUUUUUACUGGUGAUUCAGUACCAUGUUGUGGGGAUAUGAUUGGAGAGACAGCAUGUAAACGAUUAAGAAAAAAAAAUGAAUUUAAAUUUCAAAAUAAAUGUGAUAAUGAAGCAGAUUUUUCAUUAAUUCAAUGCUGUCAAACGUGUGGAGGAGAUACCGCCCCAUCACGUCAUAAAAAAUUUUUUAGUGAAGGGUCUCUAUCAAAGCAUUGUUUCGAUAGACAUUCACCUAAAUUUUGUGAAAAAUUUCUUCUUCAUAAAGAUCAUUGGGCUACUUCAACCUGGUCUUGUUCGGGAGAAUAUGCUCAUAUAGCAUUUAGGAUAUGUAGAAAAACUUGUUCCUUUUGUAGGAGGGAUGCUUAUGACAGUAAAGAUGGUACUGUCUAUAAACCAAAAAGAUGUGGUUCAUUGACACCUUCAAAAAUUAGAUACUUUGAUAGUGAAAAUAAUUUAGAGGAGUUAGAAAAAGAAUUUGAUACAGUUUUUUAA